GCAAAGAUUGUUCGUUUUCUCCAAGACACCACACAUGUUGACCAAAAAGCGCAACUUGGAUAUGAGAAAGAAAAAAACCCCGGCUCGUUCAUUCAAAGAGCAGCUUUGAAAAGCGGCUUCGUUCGCGAACGACCCAGGAGGAUCCAGGAGCCCGCGGGAGCCACAAGGACUCCUCGGACGCAGCAGACCCCGGCACAAGGGGGGCCGCGACGGACUGAAGGCGCUAAUUAGGACAACCUGCUGGACCAAUUAAGUGUUCGGAGCCGAGGUCGGGAGCGCACAAGUCUGUUUAGCUCCCCGGUCACCUUGGCACCAUGAGUUGGAGCUUCCUGACUCGUCUGCUGGAUGAGAUCUCCAACCACUCUACCUUCGUGGGGAAGAUCUGGCUGACGGUGCUCAUCAUCUUCCGCAUCGUGCUGACAGCAGUGGGCGGGGAAACUAUCUACUACGACGAGCAGAGCAAGUUUGUCUGCAACACGCAGCAGCCGGGGUGCGAGAAUGUUUGUUACGAUGCCUUUGCCCCGCUCUCACACGUCCGAUUCUGGAUCUUUCAGGUGAUCAUGAUCACUACUCCAACAAUCAUGUACCUGGGCUUCGCCAUGCACAAGAUUGCCCGCAUGGAUGACUCCGACUACCGACCGCUACGUAACCGCAAGAAGAAAAUGCCUAUCAUCAACCGGGGGGCGGUCCGGGACUACGAGGAGGCGGAAGACAAUGGCGAGGAAGACCCCAUGGUCGCAGAAGAGAUCGAAUUGGAGAAGCCAGACAAAGCAGAGAAAACUUCGGGAGAGAAGAAGCACGACGGACGGCGUCGCAUCUUGCGAGACGGCCUCAUGAAAGUCUACAUAUGCCAGCUGGUGUGGCGCUCCGCGUUCGAAGUGAGCUUCCUCUGUGGCCAGUACGUCCUGUACGGCUUCGAGGUGAUCCCCUCGUACGUGUGCACCCGCUCACCCUGCCCGCACACCGUGGACUGCUUCGUGUCUCGGCCCACGGAGAAAACCAUCUUCCUGCUGGUCAUGUACGUGGUGUCCUUCCUCUGCCUGGUCCUGACCGUUUUCGAAAUCGUCCACUUGGGCAUCGGCGGCGUCCGCGACACCUUCCGCAGGCGCAGCACCCUGCGGUCAGCUGUGCUCUCCUCCUCGCACGCCUUGGCCGUGGCCUCUGCGCCGCCAGGAUAUCACGCCGCCGUGAAAAAGGGAGGAAAAGUCGGGCUGAGGAAUUCGCCAACAGGUGAUUCUGGUAUGGACAGUUUCGGUGACGAGACCAACUCAUCCCGGGACCUGGAGCGGUUGCGCAGGCACUUGAAGCUGGCCCAGCAGCACCUGGACCAGGCCUACCACACGGAGGAGGGAAACCCCUCGCGCAGCAGCAGUCCAGAGGUCCACACCGCAGCACAAACGCCGGCUGAGCAGAACCGCCUCAAUUUUGCCCAAGAAAAGCACCAAGAGGCCAGCGAAAAAGGAACACAUGCCUGAAGCUGCUCCCUGACCCAAACUUCUGUGCUGCCAUUCCCACUGGCCUUUAUCACACAAGAUUGGGGAACAUCUGGGAAUGCAGUCUGACCACAGAGAGAGAAAGAAAGUGCGCGUCUGAGGGGAAAAAAAAAAAGAAAUGUGCCUUUCAGUAUUGUGAGGUCUGUUGAGAAGAAUAACGCUGACAACUGGUUCAUCUUGAAAGGUGGCUCCACGCUCGUUUCCCACAAACUGAGAGCACCCAAGGCAGAACCUGGUCUCGCUCGCCAGUUGUUUAUGUUGCCACAAAUCCCAGUUGUUUACUGGUGGUGUUCUGUCUGAGCCGCCACCUCCUUUGGUCACGUUCCUUUUUUUCACCCCAUGGCAGACGAGGUUUGUUGAGGCUCAUCAAGCUGUUUCUCUCUCCAUCCCUCCGUCUUUCUUCUCCUCCCAAAAGGCCACAAAGUUUCCCUGGGAAAUUACUUGAAUUUUUUUUUUUUACGGUACAGAAAUUUCCCCCAAUUUUGUUGUUUUCAAUUACAACUUUUCUCCUUUUGCUUUAAGUGGGAGCUUUCCCCCGCCGCCAGAAGGACGCUCCUAUAAAUGAUUCAUCAUCUCCAGUCUAGAAAAGUGGUUUUCGCUAAGCAGCUGCUAAUCCCGCUCAUCUGGGUGACAACUGCAUCCUGCUCUAAGACAUUCUUCUUUGAUGAGACAUCAUUUUCCAUCGCUGACACGCUUCAUGUCCCGAGUGUCAGCCUUCUGACAGAACUGACCGUUUGAUCAGGUGAGCUGACGCUUUAUGCCGCCUUCUCCGUCACUUUAUAGAUUUUUGGACCAGGAGACGGAGCCUGCUCCAUUGUUAAUCAUCUCACUUCUCUCUCUUUUUUUUUUGUUCUUUCAGUUCUAUAACAUGACUCGGUUUUGGGAAAAAAAAUAACAGGCAAUUUUUGUAGUGUUAAAAUGUAGAGACUAUUUUUUUUCUUGAGAGUUAAUAAAUAUAUUUGAAAAGAGUUA